AGAGGAAGAGCAGAGGACCAGGGGAAGGCUGGGACUCGGAGGGGGACUGGGAAGCAACUCGGCGAUGGAGCGCAGCGUCAUACGGCUGAGUCACUGUCAGAAGGAGAUCUUCUGCUUCUCGCUGCCCGACGAGUGUCCGAGCUGUGGGGAGGAGCUGAGGGGCAGCAGGCUGCAGGAGGCGCCGGUCAGUCUGCCGUCCCCCUUCACCGACGGACACAAGAGCUCCUGCUGCCUGUUGGUCGCACCUGCACACGACAAUCUCCACAGAGACUUUGAUGGGACAUCUGAUCUGCACACCGGGAUCUCCAACACUAAAGGAGUUGUGUACAACUACACCCGGGGAGGAGUCCGCAGAGAUCAGAGCGGAUGGGAGCGCUGCAUCAGUGUCCCUCUGGUCCGACCCGACAUGUUCCACCUGCUAGCUCAGUGGGACCAGUACCUGGACCGCUUUUCUGACGGACCCAUGUGGGACCCCGCCUGGCACAGGUAACUCACACCUGAGACAGGUACAGAGGUUCACUUGUAAAGGCCAUGUAUAUCAUGACAGUGCUACAUAUAUACAAACAGCAACUUGGACAAUGAGUUUUGGUGAUGUAGAAAGCUGUUAAUCUCUUUUUCUUAGUUUCAUGAACUCC